GCCCAGCGACUCCAGGAGCCCCCGCACCGGCCCCUCUCACUCCAGCAGCCCCCGAACGCUCCCGGGGAGGGGACGGGAACCUCGGCGGAACCCCCACGGGCCGCCGCUCACCUCAGGCCCGCCGGGCCCCCGGCAGGCAGGCUCCCGCCCGCCGCACUGCUGCCGCCUACCUACGGGGAGCCGCGGCUGCCGGCGCCCAGGCGGAGGCGGAGGAACGAGCGCCGCCGGGGCCCAGGCCGCCGCUGCGGGGCGGGGAAGCGGGAGCGGGCCCCGCAGGGCCCCGCCGGGGGGGAGGCCUCUGUCCCCUCCCCGCGGAACUACGCCUCCCAGCGCGCCCUGCGCGGUUCCCCAGGCGACGGGCGGGCAGGCCGGGCCGCGGGCAGCCAUGUCCCGGGCUGGUGAUACUUUAUGGGAUCUUGCUGUAGCUGAAGUAGAGAAGAGAGAAAACCCUGAUGACAAUGGCAAGCAUGUGGAAGCUUUGGAAAAAUCAGUAUUAUUUAUGGGAAACAAAAACGGGGGAAAGACCACUAUUAUGCUGAGGUGUCUGGAGAGGGAAGAGAGUCCAAAGCCAACAUUAGCCCUGGAAUAUACUUUUGGAAGAAGGGCAAAGAGACACAAUACACCUAAAGAUGUAGCUCAUUUUUGGGAACUAGGUGGUGGAACCUCAUUACUGGAACUGAUUCGAAUACCAAUCACUAGCAACAAUGUAAGGUCAUUUUCUGUAGUUCUUGUAUUGGAUUUAUCCAAACCUAAUGAACUCUGGACUACUAUGGAGAAACUUCUGCAGGUCACCAGGAACCAUGUGAACAAAAUUUUGACCAAAUUAGAAAAGACAAAUCCUAAAGUAGCUACUGAAAUGAAACACAGGAUGCGAAACAAUCUGCAGAAGGAUCAUCCAGAUUAUGAGUUAGUUGACCCUUUUCCAAUACCUUUGGUGAUAAUUGGAAGCAAAUAUGAUGUUUUUCAUGAGUUUGACUCUGAAAUGAGGAAAAUAAUAAGCAAGACACUUCGAUUUAUUUCACAUUAUUAUGGAGCAUCAUUAGUGUUUACCAGUAAAUCUGAGGCUCUCCUGAUGAAAGCUCGUGUUCUUAUUAAUCACUUGGCCUUUGGCUAUGAUAAAAGGUCUGCAUCAGUGGAUCACAGCAAACCUCUGUUUAUACCAGCAGGCCUGGAUUCCUUGAGCCAAAUAGGACCACCACCUGCCUCUGAUCCUGACAUUGGAAAGCUGCGUGCAAACACACCUCUGGAACUGUGGAAAAAAGUGUUUGAGAAAACAUUUCCUCCCAAGAGUUUCUGCGAUUUGCAGGAUACCAAGGACCCUGCACAGGAUUUGCAAUAUGCUGAGUAUGAAGUUGAUGUCAUGAGAGCUCAGAAAAAACAGGAACUUGAACAAUAUAAAAGAAAUGCCUCUAAAUCCUGGAAGGAAAUGGAUUUUGACCCUGAUUGAUGAAUUGCUAUAGAUGUCUUCAGUUUAACAUUUACAAAAUCACUUGAUUGUUUUAUCAUUAUUCUACCAAUUUAAUCUGACACAGUUAAAAAAAUACCAUAUGAAACUACAACAUUAAUUUUUAUUAUGUAUUCCUGUUAUAUUUAAUAAAAAUAGCUGUUUAUUCAUUGUCAGAA